AUGUCUCUUCGCAUCUCCCAAUCCCUCCGCCGCGCAGCCGUGCGCCCCAACGCAUCCCUCCUCAAAACCCCAAUCGUCAUCCACCGCUUCCAAAGCACCCAACAGAACAAAGAUCAACCAAUCCUCUACUCCGCCCACGCCAAAGUCGUCGGCGCCCGCAAGGGCCACGUCGAAGCAGAGUCCCUCAACGUCGACCUCACCAUGUCCAAAGCCCUCGGCGGCCCCGGCGACGCAGGCAAGACGAACCCCGAGGAGAUGUUCGCCGCUGGCUACGGCGCGUGCUUCCAGUCUGCCAUGAACGCUGUGGCUGCCAAAGAUGGCAUUACUAUGCCUACUGCGCCGGAGGAUAGCAUUGUUGAGACGACGGUGCAUCUUGUCGGUGAUAUGAAGAAGCUCGAUAUGGGGUUGAGGGUGGACAUGAAGAUUAGUGUUAGGGGGUUGGAGAAGGAGCAGAUUGAGGGGAUUGUUGAGAAGACGAAGAAGGGCUAUUGA